AUGGCCGACCCUACUCAAUCGCAUGGGCUUGGAGCUCAACGCCCUUCCCCGCCAAACAACGUCCGCAGUCCCCUAUCUCCAGGCAGCGGCAGCAGCGCGGGUACCCCGAUCUCAUUCCAACCGAAUGUCAAUCGGUCGAAGACGAAACGAUGGGUCGAGGCUAGACAAUACUCCUAUGACGGAGGUGACUGGGGCUCCGACGACGACGAGGAAGAAGAGGAGGAGGCGCCGCCGCCGGUACCUCGGCCUCCUUAUGCCACCCACAAUACCGGUAGUUCGUCCGAGUUGAGCUCGAGGCGUCUGUCUGGUCACAUUGGAGCUGAUGAUUCGACUGCAAUUGAUGGCAGGGGCAGAAAUCCUAGCGUAGAUCAAAAGACCCUGCCUUUCGUCAGGCCGGCUGAUCUUUAUAAACGGAUGCGCGAGGAGAAAGCAGCUCAGGGUGCGGCUCUCAGUCCACAGGUGUCGUCGCCCAUGGCUGAUGACAGUCGCAAGCUCGACGGAUCUGCGCUGUCGCAAACACAGGCGGCCAACCCCCCCAUGGGUUUGCCAGAAGUGAAACGUAUGUCUGGCUUUGGUACCGAUUUCCUGGGAGGCGCAGACUCCGGUUUGCCCAAGGACGCAAGCUCCGAGUCCCAGUCCCAGGAACCUUCAUUGCAGCACAAUAACUCAUCUGGAUUCCGAUCGGUGGUUCACCAGGCGUUUGAUGUCCCAGAAACCCCUCAGUCCAGCGGCAGUGUCGAGCGGUCCAACAGCGACGGCACUUCCGUGAUCAGCCCAAUCAUGGGUGGUCGUAACAUCGACGAAGACAGAACACCAACUAUUCCCGAGGAGCCUCAUGAAACCGAGAAGGAAGCUACGCCCGACGGCCCUGUGUUCAAACCCGGUCACCGCCGAGACCUGAGCCUUCCUGAUCGGGACAACAGUCCUUCCCGCACACCCCAAGUCGAGCACACCCCGACGGGACACACAGCUUUAUCUUCUAUUCAUCAACAACUCCAGACUAUUUCUCCAGAGUCAACCACCUCCGGAUCCUUCCCCCAAGAUCCAGCAAUGCAGCCUUACACAAACGAUGGGCAGGACUUGCCUGCCCCUCUCAAAUUCGGCAGUGCAUCAGGCCCUGACAGCUAUCGUGGCGACAUCCCGACUAUUGUGGGAGCCGGAACUUCGCCAGAGGACGGAGACAACGAUCGCUUGAGGGAAGAAAUCAUUCGCUCCUUGAGCCGGGAGAACACCCCAUCCGAGGACCCUGACACAAGCAACCAACCCCAGUCGCAACCACCCAAAGAUUCCAUUCCCCAUCAGUUUGAGAAAUACUGGGAUGGCCAAACCGGACCGAGCCAGGAGGAUGAUCCCAAGGCUUUGGUGUCAGGAACUCUUCCAGACAGGACGGAACCGCAUCCUUUGGCGUCCAGAGACCCAUAUGCAGACGGUCCUGGUUUAGCUAAUUCUUCGUCAACAAUUGUCGAUCAACCUAGAAAGAAGUUGGGAAGACGCUUCUCCUGGGAAUCUUCGGAUACGGAAGAACCUGAACCUCAAAUUCCCGGCAGCUAUUCCUCCCCUCCUCCUCUGGGUACAUCGCUCGCUACCCAGGAGCCUGAACCUAUUGCUGAGGAUGCGCCUCCUGCAUCGGAAGCGGCGCCACACGACUACUUGUCAUCUGACAAUGAAGGUUCAGAUGCUAAACGUACCGUUGAAAAGCCUCGGCUUUCAAUCAUCCCUCCUGUUCCCGAAAACAUAUCACCACCAGAGCAAGUUAUGGGACCGGAUCCUACCCCACCCCAACCUCAAGUUUUGUCGAAUGUUGGGGGCUCUUCUCUGGAUGAGUCUAAGCUUCUGGGCUUCCGCGAUAUUCUCGGUAUCACAUCUGUGGACCAGCGUAUCAAGUCUUUCGAGCACACUCGGGACCAAUUUUCAACCCUUGACUCUGGUUUGCAUCACUGGCUACAGUUUAUGGUCCAUGAACACCCCGAACAUGCCGAUGUUGUCCAGCAGAGCCAGAGUUUGUCCGAUGUGCCACGCGCCUCGCCUUCCAGAAGCAGGUUCCCAAAACUGACCUCCCUCGGAAAUCUCGGGUCGACCUUGAAUCUAAAUGACGGCACACCAACUAGCGCCACCCAUAUCAGACGCCCAUCAGGUCAUAUUGGCACUGUGAUGAACAAGCAGAACGUCGGAGAACGGGGCAAGGAAUUUCUUCACACUGCUGGAGCGUUUAGUGGUAAAGCAAGCGGAGCUGCCAAGGGCCUGUUUGCCAAGGGCAGAAGCAAAUUCCGACCCAGUGGAGGUUCUGACAAGGGUCAAUCAACACCGAGUGCUCCUCGCCGCAGCUUUCAGUUCUCCUUACCAUCAGGGUCUGGUGAAACUGGUAAACCUCGCCGCAAUUCUGCUUCGUUUGGGAGCCUGCCUAUCUUCAAGUUCGGAAAAGCCGGGACUGGCUCUGAGUCUGCGACAAGAGUUGCCGAUUCCUCUCUAGAUGCUUCACGGAAUGAAGAUAACACCCGAAAACAUGCCCGAGUGGCCGAUUCGGGGGAUUACUCUUUGUCACACGGCGUUGACACGGCUGUGCAACCUCAGUCCUCUUCCAACGGAGUCCUUCCUCAGAAUGAUCCGUAUCGAAAGUCUGACUACGCUGGCCAGUUAGAGCAGGAAAUGAUAGCUGCCCUUGGUCUUUCGCCCACGGAUUCUCGUCAAGAGCCAAGUACUUCCACGGCAUUGGAUUCAAGCCAGACUAACGGUGAGCACAAGAGGUCUACGCAUGAACUCUCACAGCCAAAGGAAUCUACGCCUGUCCAGAAGCCCGUUGCUCAAAAGCCAACAAAGGAAACCACGUCAAAGAGUUUACCGAUGGUUCCCCAUGACCCUUUUGUCGUCCCUCUUCCGGGUUCAAAUGGCUCGGAGGAUCUGCCUAGCCAGGGCGUUCCACAGAUCAUUGCUCCAACAAUUCGUCCGGUGUAUGACGAAAGCAUCAAGGCUCCAUCCCCUCCCCCAAAGGACAACGGCCUUGCACCUGAUGGCGUAUCCCAACGCCAGCCGUCAGUCUCGACACUCGGACCCGAAGAGCAACCCGGUCAACGUUCAUCUCAAGAUGAUCUCGAUGGGGAACCUCCAUCCCCCAUGGACCAGCCCGAGAACGAGACAGAUGGUGUUGAAAACAAGGUCGUCUCUCCGGAAAGAGCCCAUGAGAACGUUCCUGGCAGCUCUCCUCCGUCUGCCGAGGACAAUACCCAUGGCUUUGGACCAUUUUAUUCGUCGGAAAAUCCAAGCUCUGCUCACAUUCUCGAAUCCAAGAGGAAGUCCAUCAGCGGCCUUCCGCCUUCUAAUCCAGGAGUGCAAAGCCCCUUGAGAAACGAAGUCAGGUACUCGCCGGGAACCCGAAGCAGUAUGCUCAGCUUUGGAAGUUUUGGCAGACAAAGCGGUAAUGGCAAAGGAACCCGCCCUUCUACACCCGCCAACGGUCUAUCGCAAGCUUCAGAAUCGGGAUCUCCGGUGCAAAACGGGGAGUCUACCUUCGGAAAGUUGAAAAGCUUCGGGAGGCGACGACGCGCCUCGGUGGGAGAUCUCUUGUCUGGAAUUCAACUUCAAGGGAUCCAGGGUCCACCUGGAGGCCAGCGGAAACGGGCGCUUAGCAGGAUUAGUGGCCUCUUCAACCGUCAAGACAGUGAGAAUUCCGAGAGGAAGUCGUCCGAUCUUACUAGGACCGUCUCACAACCGUUGGGCAAGGAUCUACCUUCGUUCUCACCGGUAAACAGAAACGCAAACAAAAUUUCUUCCACUGCGGACGACAAACCACCAGUACUUAAAGAUCCGUUCGUCGCAAAACCUCUACCGACUGAGCCCCCCGAAUCAAUGAUCCCUCCACCCUCACCCCCAAGCGACGCGAAGCCUCUACCUCCUGAUACUCACCAGCGUGCUAGUAUCUCCCUUCCGCCUAGUGUUUCAACCAACACCUUGGGCUCUGGUCGGUUCUACUCACAGUUUCAAUCUGGCGCUAUGAACGAGCAUACCAGGACACUGAGUCCGCCUCUCCCAGGUCAGUCCCGCUCACCGUCUCCCAUCUCAAUCAAUGAGGGUAGAUCCAUGAAGCCACUGUCACCGCUCGAGGAAUUGCAAGACUACCAGGCCCAAAACUUGGAAAGGCAAGGGCAGGAAAAGCGUGAAGCACGAGAUCCCGGUGAAAGUCAAGAAGCGCCACUUGGUACACUGUGUGAAAAUAAGGAGCAGGAAGAGCAGGAGGAAGAAGAAGAAGGCGGACACGAGCUUCCUACAGAGACAACUCAGGCUGAGAAAGGACAUCCCUCACUCGAGCAGCCACAAAAUGUGCAAAUCGAAAAGCCAGAGCAGCAGCACGGUCUUAAUCCACAACUCAGUGUCCGAUCUCGGAAACCAGUCGGAAAUGACUCGACCGCCUCGACGCCUGGACACUUUGCACCGCGCAACAUUGCCGUCUCAAACGCGUCUGUGGUUUCAUCCAUUCACCCUCAUCGCAGCGAAGGCGAAGCUCGGGUAGUGAAUGACUCGCCUCAGCCUGUGGAACUUGCCGUUACUGCUGAUGACUCCAGUGAAGAAAUUGUUAUGUCUCCUACGACUUACCCGGGGCAGGAGUGGACACCAAUGCAUUUGUAA